GGGACCGGCGCCUGACAGCUUCAGGGAGGCAGGGCCCGGGGACGCGCUGCUCCAGUGAACUGUGACCUUGGAGAUGGAGGGACUCUCCGCGGAUACAGGAACAGAGCCCUUGGCAGAGAAAGAGGUGGACUGCCUGUCACCAGUGAGACCAAAUUGGGAUUUUUUUGUUCCGUUCUGCAUCUCUUUUCAAAAGACUCUCCCUGUCUCUAUGGCAAGAGAAAUUGGAUGCGUGAAAUGGCCACCCAGUGUUCCAGGACGAAAUAGUCAGAUUGUCACCUGAAUCCCCUCCCAGCGGGGUCUAAACUGGGCCCACCUGUUCCCUGGAGACUUGCUCUUCUGGAACUAGUGCCAUCAGUUAUUGUCUACUCUCCGACUCCUUAUACAGCCUGGCUUGUUUGCAGAGUGACUUUUGUCCAAGACCUGGCAGCAGAGAGCUAUGGACCAGUACAGCCUUGGGGAUGAGGGUGCCCUUCCAUCUGAAAUGCACCUCCCUUCCUUCUCGGACAGCCAAGGGCUGAACUGCAGUGACACCCUCAACCGGGAUCUGGGUCCCAGCACGCGAGACUUGCUCUAUGCUGGCCUGAGUGGUUUGGACCUGGACACCAGUCUCCCAGCACCUGACAUGCCCAGCGAGGUUCUGGAGGACAACUUGGACACCUUGUCCCUGUACUCGGGGAAGGACGGUGACUCUGUGAAGCUGCUGGAGGAGUACGCAGACUCGGAAUCACAGACUUCCUUUCAAGAACUGGGCCUGGGUGCACUGAAGGUGCCUAAAGAGGCUGAUGAAGGUGGCAGGGCCACCUCAGGGAGUGCAAGGAAAGGCAAGCGGCAGCACAGUUCGCCUCAGAACCCACUCCUAGACUGCAGCCUGUGUGGGAAGGUGUUCAGCAGCGCCAGCUCCCUUAGCAAGCACUACCUGACACACAGCCAGGAGAGGAAGCACGUGUGCAAAGUUUGCAGCAAGGCCUUUAAGCGCCAGGAUCACCUGACGGGGCACAUGCUCACCCACCAGAAGACCAAGCCUUUCGUGUGCAUCGAGCAGGGAUGCAGCAAGAGCUACUGCGACUACCGCUCUCUGCGCCGCCACUAUGAGGUGCAGCACGGCCUGUGCAUCCUGAGGGAGGCCCCGCCGGAGGAGGAGGCCUACGGGGACGCCCCCCACGCAGGCGACCCGCCGCCCUCCAGCCUGCGGCCCCCUGGUCCCCCUGAAGCUAGGUCCCCCAGCGCUGUCUUGCCCAACCGUGACCUCCUGCGCUGCAUCGUGAGCAGCAUCGUCCACCAGAAGAUCCCUUCUCCAGGCCCAGCCCUGGCAGGGCCUUUUGACGGCGAAGGGCGGGCCUGUGCCUGCCCCACGUCGUCGGGGUCUUGUGGCACCCCGGCUGCCAGCACCCCAGCAGAAGCCUCCGGCACCGAGGCGCCAGAGGAGCCUCUCCCCCCGCGGAAGGAAGCGGCUGGUGACGCGCGGGCAGGGCCAUCCCAGGCUGCCGAGAACGGCAACCCCGACGCCCCGGAGCCCGAGCCCCCGCUGCCGUCCUCCCUGGAGGGCUGGCCCGAGGCCGGCGCCCUGCCCGCUUGCCUGCCGCUCUUCCGCGGCCCGGCCACCGGCUCCCAGGCCAGCCACCUGCAGUGGCUGCGGAGCCUGCCGGGCUGCCCCAAGAGCAAGGGUAGCAGCGUGCUGGUGGUGCACAAGCCGGCCCUCCCGGCCCGCGACGCCUCUGAGCCCGCCUGCGAGCCCAGCGCCCCGGCCGCGCUGGAGCCCUCGCCUGGCCCAGGUUCCGGCGCAGAGGACCUGCCACCCUUCCCCAAGGCAUCCGGCGAGGCGGAGGAUGACGGCUGGGCUUCCAGGAGGAGCAAGCUGGAUGGCGAGUCGAUCUCGUGGCCGAGCCCCGGGGAGCCCGGGCCCCAGGACGUGCAAAGCCCGGGCGGACCCCCCACCGACGCCACACCGCUCUUCCGGCAGCUCUUCCUCAAGUCGCAGGAGCCCCUGGUGAGCCACGAGCAGGUGCAGGUGCUCCACAUGCUCACCGCCUCGCAACGGCUCUUUUCCCAGCGCCCCAGCGAGGGCCGCCAAGCCGCCCUUAAGUCGCUACAGGGGCCAUGGCCGCCGCAGCCUCUGCCCGCUGUGGACUCUCUCCAGGGGGUCCCUGGACAUCCAGAGCCCGAGGGGUCCCCAGCCCGCAGGAGGAAAAACACACCGGCAGUGUCCAGAGAGGCCUCCCCAGGGGGUACCAAGCGAGACGCAAAGGGCGGCCCCAAAGUGGCCUCUGCUUCACCAUCCCUCUCAGCGCCUCUGGACCUUGCCCGGAAUCCAGACGUCACUUCUCUAGCCAAGCACUUACGGUCUUCCAAAGGUGCCUUGGACCUGGGGGACGUCUUCCCUGCUGCCGGUGCAUGGCAGUCCCAGUUAGGGGGAGAGGAGCCUCUGGGAGCCCAGCUGUCUGGAAAACAGGCCCAGGCCGAGAGUGGCACUGCCACAGCUUCAGGGGCCACGAGAGGUGACAAGGGCCCGGCCUGUCCCCGUGGUACAGGCUACAGGCUCUUGUCCAGCAACCCCAGGGCCCAGCGGUUUUCUGGCUUCCGGAAAGACAAGGUGAAGAUGGAUGUGUGCUGCGCAGCUUCUCCCAGCCAAGUGGCCAUGGCCUCCUUCUCAUCCACUGGGCCUCCAACAGAUCCUGCUCGAGACAUGAAGUCCAAGCUGACAAUAUUCAACAGAAUCCAGGGUGGGAACAUCUACAGGCUCCCCCAUCCAAUGAAGGAGGAGAACAUGGCAGGUGGAUGUAACCAGCCAAAUGGCAGUCCUGCAGACUGGACAGAGCCAAGGAGCACUUACGUCUGCAAGAACUGCAGCCAGAUGUUCUACACCGAAAAGGGGCUGAGCAGCCACAUGUGUUUCCACAGCGACCAGUGGCCCUCACCUCGUGGGAAGCAGGAGCAGCAGGUAUUUGGCACAGAGUUUUGCAAACCACCAAAACAAGUCCUGAGGCCAGAUGGGGAUGGGCAGAGUCCUCCCGGAGCCAGGAAGCCCUUGGACAGCAUGGCUGCAGCCCCCUUGGUGAUCCCUGUGUCAGUCCCCAUAGCUCCAGUCACCCGCUCUCUGGGAGGCAUAGCUAAGGGACAAGAGAGAGAUGGGGAAGAGAGAGACAUCAAGGACAGCAGCCAGCAGAGAAAGCGGAAGAAGCGCCCACAGCCCAAGGCGCUGUUCAUGCCUCCACCACCCUCCUCCUUGUCAGAGCCGGGCCCUGGGACAGGCUGCCACCAGAGCUGCCUCCGCUCCCCCGUGCUCUUGGUGGACCACCUCCUGAAGGGCUUGUUCCAGUGCUCCCCCUACACUCCUCCACCCAUGCUCAGCCCCAUUCGGGAUGGCUCUGGGCUCUAUUUCAACACGCUCUGUUCAGCGUCCCAAGCAGGGCCCCACCAGCUCCUCAGCUCUGGGCUUGAUCAAGUGGAUGGCUCUUUUGGCAUCUGUGUGGUGAAGGACGACACUAAGAUCAGCAUUGAACCACACAUCAACAUAGGAAGCCGGUUUCAGGCUGAGAUCCCCGAGCUGCAGGAGAGGUCGCUGGCUGGAGUGGAUGAGCAUAUGGCUUCUCUGGUCUGGAAGCCUUGGGGAGACGUGAUGACCAACCCGGAGACACAGGACAGAGUGACGGAGCUCUGCAAUGUGGCAUGCUCCAGUGUCAUGCCAGGAGGGGGCACCAACCUGGAGCUCACUCUGCACUGCCUACACGAAGCCCAGGGCAGCGUUGAGGUUGCCCUGGAGACUCUCUUACUCAGAGGACCCCAGAAGCCACACACGCACCCGCUGGCUGACUAUCGCUACACAGGGUCAGACAUCUGGACCCCCAUGGAGAAGAGGCUCUUUAAGAAGGCAUUCUGUGCCCACAAAAAGGACUUUUACCUGAUACACAAGAUGGUCACUUGCAGCCCUCGUGAGCGACCCAGCCACCGUCCAACUCCUGAGUUAAAGAUAAAGACCAAGAGCUUCAGGAGAGAAUCCAUCCUCAGUCCCAGCCCAAGCUCGGGCCCAAAUCGGACCCCUGAGCUGCCAGGGGGUGUGGAGGGCCAGGAUGUUUUUCCAUGCAGAGAGUGUGAAAGGGUGUUCGACAAGAUCAAGAGUCGGAAUGCCCACAUGAAACGGCACCGCCUUCAGGAGCAUGUGGAGCCUGUCGUCAGGGUCAAGUGGCCUGUGAAGCCCUUUCCACUAAAGGAGGAGGAGGAGGAGGAGGAAGAGGAGCUUGCGGCUGACAUCGGUCCCCUGCAGUGGUGACUCCCUGCUGGCAGCUAGUCUGGGGGGCUCCAGCCCUGUCCCCACCUCCCUGGGCCUCUCUGGGGGUGUUUUGGCUCCUUCUACCCUUACUCCUAUCCUCCUUGUCCCCCUGGCCAGCUUUGCUAGCAAACCUGGAGGGCAUUUGACUGUGAACAGGCAGAGAAGGCAUCAUGAGACAGCUCUGAAGUCCCUAUUACUCCAUCCUCUCCAGGUUGAUAGUCUCUGCCCCUCUUUUUGUCCCACAUUUCCUGGGGGAGGGAAAGGUCAGGUCUGGAUAGCUCUCCAAUCUUAGCUGCAGGUGUGGGUCUGUUCCACUGGUCAGUGAGGCCAAGACGUGGAGCACCAGGAAACAAUACCUGGGAUCACAGCACAGCACAUUGGCCCACCCUGGGUGGGGUCUCUGUAUUACAUGCCAGUCCCUCAUCUUGCGGUGACUUGUACAUUGUUAGGUGUGUUUUGUACGUGUCUACUUGUAAAUCUUAUUAAAUUGGGUU